CAAUGUCUCUUUUUUAUUUUUGCUGAUUUAGUGAGCUGAUUAAGCUCAUACAUAUGGCCUCAUAAUUGCCAAAACAUUGUUAGGGAGACUGUGGUAGGUAGGUAAGCCCUGCUGUGUUUGGUGGCUGCAAAUUCAACUGUAAUGAUUUGCUGGCUAUCUCACAGCAAGACAGAGCUAACAGUUGGCUCUAAGCACAUAGGGUAGUGCUUAAUUCUGUAAGUUUUGCGAACAAACAGGAGCACUGCAAAUAUGGAAAAUGUUCUUGUUCACAGAUCACACCAUCCAGUCUGUUUUCUGCUGCUGCUGCACAGUGCAAGAAAGAGAAAUGAGAACAAAAGUGAACCUGGACCCUGAUGCUGUCCUGGUGACCCGGUACUCUGCCUCACAACCAGACGUUUCCUAUGAAUCUAUUUGGAAGUGCAGGCGCAAGAGACAAUUGCAAUUUAAGGACAAGCCAUUACCUCCUCUGCCUGCCAAAGCCUUUGAAGACUACACCAAGAAGCCCAGAGUUAUUGCACUCUAUGACUUCUUUGCUAGAGGGCCUUUAGAUUUACCUCUCAGGAAGUCAGAAGAAUACAUUAUCCUCGAACAGUAUGAUCCCCUCUGGUGGAAGGCAAGAGACCGACAUGGGAAUGAAGGUCUAAUUCCCAGCAACUAUGUUACCGAGAACAAGAAAUGCAAUUUAGAAACAUACAAGUGGUACUGCAGAAACAUAAACAGAAGCCAGGUAGAACUUCUGUUGCGCCAGAAGCCCAAAGAUGGUGCAUUUGUUGUCAGAGAUUCAAGCCGGCAGGGUCUUCUUACGCUGUCCAUGUAUUCGCAGGCUAAGGGAAGUCACAAUGGAGAUAUUCUACAUUAUCAAAUUAAACAAAAUCACUCGGGACAAUAUUAUGUAGCAGAAAACUAUCUCUUUUCAUCUGUCCCUGAACUCAUCGAGUAUCAUCAACACAAUGCUGCAGGUCUUAUCACACGUCUCCGACAUCCAGUCAGAUCAGAUGGAUGUACUUCACCAGAAAACGCAGGAUUGAGUUAUGAGGAGUGGGGAUUAAACCCAUCUGAGCUGUUGUUCCUGAAGGAACUUGGGCGUGGGCAGUUUGGAGUUGUUUAUCUUGGUAAAUGGAGAGAGACUAUCAAGGUUGCCAUCAAAACAAUCAAUGAAGGUGCAAUGUCUGAGGAUGAUUUCAUGGAGGAGGCCAAACUGAUGAUGAAACUCUCCCACCCAAAGCUGGUGCGGCUUUAUGGAGUGUGCACACAUCACAAACCUCUCUGUGUUGUGACUGAAUUCAUGGAAAAUGGUUGCCUGCUCAAUUACCUUCAGCAAAGGCGGGGGAAACUCGGCAGAGACGUUCUCCUGAGCAUGUGCCGUGUUUGCGAAGGGAUGGAAUACCUGGAAAGAAACAGCUUCAUUCACCGUGAUUUAGCUGCAAGAAACUGUUUAGUCAAUGUGGAGCAUGUCGUCAAAGUAUCUGACUUUGGCAUGGCAAGGUAUGUCAUUGAUGAUGAAUAUAUCAGCUCUUCAGGUGCCAAGUUUCCAGUCAAAUGGUCAUCUCCUGAAGUCUUUCAUUUCAAAAAAUAUAGCAGCAAAUCAGAUGUCUGGUCAUUUGGUGUACUGAUGUGGGAAGUUUUCACAGAAGGCAAAAUGCCUUUUGAAACCAAGUCAAAUGCUGAAGUUGUCCGUGAGAUUUCUCAGGGUAACCGACUUUACCGACCACAUUUGGCAUCGCAUCCUGUGUACAAAGUCAUGUACAGCUGCUGGCACGAGAAACCUGAAGGGCGUCCUACUUUUGCAGAGUUAACAGUGACCCUCACAGAUCUAACAAAGAUGAUAUAAUCACAGAUUUUAUACCAAUGUAUUUACUGAAAAGUUAGCAUUAAGCAUGCCCCUACCGUAACUGGUACAGAAAACCUCCACCUUUUACAGAGGUCUCUACCUAUAUCAUAGUACCAGCAUCCUAAAUAUUGAAGCAGAUGUUUGGUCUUGGCCCAGUUUUUACUUAUUUGAGAAAGAUACUCCAGGAGACUAAUUUGGGACUCUCAAGGCUUUGUUUUCAUGGUUAGGGAGAAAAACCUCCUGUCUGAAAAGCAGUCACUAAGCCUACUCACUUUAUAGAUAUUUUUAUUCUUUUUUUUUGUUCAGAGCUACACUAAUUCUAGCAUCAAUAUUAUUACAUUAUUUGUAAUUACAUUAUUGUCUCGCAUUCCCCUGCUCUUGCCUACUCGAACAAGUGCCUUAGUCCUCCCCUUGCAAAUGCCCAGAAUGGUUAAAUGGGCAAGUUAAAAGUGAAACCUGACAGUAAAAGCUCAGAUGGAUCCUAUGAUACCUGACAUGGGCAUGUCUGUACCCCUACUUAUGUUAUUAUUCACUUUUAAUUUUAAAUCUUAACUAUGGUCAAUACAAAUAUGUUGUAGAGAAGGAAAGGCAGAUGGAAUUCAUAAUUAUUUAAAACAAAAU